AUGUCCGUUUAUCUAACGCUUGGUGCGGCUCUCGCCGGAGGCAUGGUGGCCGUAGGACUCUCCGCCAUGGUUGGCUUCCAGACAUUUCUGUACUACCUCAUAUUCCCGCAAGAUACCUCUGCGUACAAGUUCCUCGUUGCCUGGAUCUGGCUUAGCGACGCAACACAUACCGUUCUCGUGUGCACUUCGGUCUGGCUCUACACGAUCAGCAACUUCAACAAUCCAGAAAUCGCUUCGCACAUCUUCCCGCCUGUCGCUAUCAACGUUACCUUAACCGGUUUUAUCACCUUAAGCGUCAACGCUUUCUACGGAUACAGGAUCCACAGACUAAGCAAGAAUAACUGGUGGAUCACCGGUCCCAUAAUCUUUCUUUCAAUUGCGCGAGUCGGCAUGGGUCUCACGACCACUGUCGAGAUGAUCAAAGAGGGCAGUUUCCCCGCCUUCGCGGCCAAGUUCAGGAUUUUAUUCACGUCCGGUCUCAUUCUUUCCGCCGUGACGGAUGUCUACGUCUCGAUCGCGCGUUACUGGUACCUCCGUAACCUGAAGGAUGGAUACGUGGUGACACGCGAGAUGGUUGAUACUACCGUCGUAUUCACCAUCAACGAUGGCCUGCUCACCUGCUUGGUAGUCAUCGCCUCCAUAGCUUGCUGGCUCGCUAUGCCGCAUAACUUUGUCUAUCUCGGAAUUUACUUUACCAUCGCCAAACUAUACUCUAACUCACUCCUUGCAACUUUGAAUCUGCGCAACUGGUUCAGGCAUAGCUACAACCUCCCGCGCCGUCAGCAGAUGGGCUUGGUGAUGACUCGCAGCGGCCGUGUAACUGGAUACCCCGUUGGCAAUGACUCCACUACUCCACGGUUGCAAAACCAGACCGCCCGGUCCACCAGCAAAGACAGCGAACUCAUGGACGCAGAGGCUGUCGAAACAGGCAGAGGAUCACCUAGUCGACUCGAGGUCAUUGUGGACACGACGCACCACGUCACAUACGACCAGGAGUUGCAACUGUUCGGCGCUCCGAGAGGGGAUGAGAAAGCGCAUACCUUCCCUCCGGCGACGUCUGAUUGA